GGGAAAAGGGCCACCACCUUCCAAGGAGAGAAACAGACUCGGCAGUGGCUGGAGAAGGACGGGCAGCAGCACCUGGCACAGGGUGUUAAGGAACAGCCAUGUCCACCCUGUACCCAUCUCUGGAGGACCUGAAGGUGGACCACGCCAUUCAGGCCCAGGCCAGACCACACCCAGGAUGUCCGCCCUGCCGGUCCAGGGCACGGCUGUCUCCCAGCCUUCAGUUUUAUACCCAAACCUGGCAGAACUGGAAAAUUAUAUGGGUCUUUCCCUCUCCAGCCAAGAAGUCCAGCGGAGCCUGUUUCAGACUCCAGAAGGCUGCCGUACAGUGGUCUCGGGCCCCUCGCCGGGCAUGCUGGUGGCGCCGGUGUCUGGGAACAGCCUGGGCGCGCGGCGUGCGGAGAUCAAGCCUGGGGUGCGCGAGAUCCACCUGGGCAAGGAUGAGCGUGGGAAGACCGGGCUGCGGCCGCGGGCCAUUGACCAGAUGGCUGUCUGUCGCCAGAAGCCAGGGACACUGAUGCCUCUGUGAGAGGCCUGUACAGUCCAGAGCUUGGGGAUGCAGCCCAGGGUUGAAACCCUGCCUCAGUGGCGGCCCAGUUGUGUGGCAAGGUCGUCCUGUGGAAUGGCUGGUGUCCUUACAAGAGGAGAGACACCUGGAGGGGAUGACCACGUGACACAAACACAGGGAGAAGGCCACGUGACAGCAGAGGCAGGGAUGGAGUGGGCCGUUGCCAGCCAAGGAACCGAGUAUUGCUGGCCACCACCGGAAGCCAGAGAAACAAGGAAGGAUUCUCCCCUACAGAGGGAGCGUGGCACUGCCCACACCGGACUGCUGGCCUCCAGAACUGUGAGACAAUACAUUUCUGUUGUUUUAAGCCCCUGGUGUGUUGUACUUUGUUACA